AUUCCUCUGUGGAUCACUAUCUAGAAGCUGCCAGGUAUUGUAGUCCAGACAAGUAGAGUAAGGACUCAGCUAGUUAAACAUUGACAUGGUUACAGUUGGCAGUAGUGGAGCUGGUAUCACUGGCGUGCCAGAAAGGAAAUGUGUAUUUGUUGCCUUUCAAAUGGACAAGGUAAAAUAUCUGACAGUCCCUCUUGAUAGGUAAGGAUUGAGAAUUCAACUUUUUUGUUAUUAAGCUUUUCUGACAAUAAAGAAGUUGAUAAUGGUCUUGUGAGAAAGUGGAAUCUCCGUCAUCUGCUCUUGGUAUUCUCUCUCUUUAGUUGGUAGUUGACGACGUCAGACUCCUUUCUGAGAUUGUUGCUGUCUCUCUCCCCUCCUCCACCUCUUUAUCUUUGUCUGUCUGUAUCUUUCUCUGUCUCUACGACUCUCUGUUUCUUACUCUGUGUGUGUCUCUCUCUCUCUGUCUCUCCCUCUGCCUCCUCCUCUUCCUCCCUCAGUGGUGUUGGGUGGUCAUGGAAGCCUUCAGCCUGCUGAUCCUCCUCAUCUCGGUCAGCAGUUUCUUCACUUUCCAGUGGCUGUUCCACCGGGUCAGUCCUGGGAUCUCCUCCAGGGUCAGCCAGGGCUUCCUCGCCCUCAGCGACAAGCAGAAAGUCGAGUGGAACUCAAGGACCGUGUCCACGCUUCAUGCUCUGGUGGUCGGGCUCUUCUGCCUCUACAUCCUACGCUUCGAUGAUGCCAUCAAUGAUGACCCCGUCUGGGGAGAUCCCACCCUUGUGAAGAUAAAUGUUGGCAUUACUUCAGGCUACCUCAUAUCUGAUCUGCUGCUGAUAUUUUACUAUUGGAAGGCGAUAGGAGACAAGUUUUUUGUAGUUCACCACCUGGCAGCGUUAUAUGCUUACUACUAUGUACUGGGUCAAGGAAUGUUGCCUUAUUUUGCGAACUUCCGUCUUCUUGCGGAGUUCUCUACUCCGUGUGUGAACCAGCGCUGGUUCUUUGAAGUGUUAGGCUACCCUAAGUCCUCCAAGCCCAACAUCGCCAACGGGGUUGCCAUGGCCGUCGUCUUCUUCGUGGUUCGGAUUGCCGUCAUGCCGCUGUACUACAGCCGCAUGUGGUCGGUGUACGGCACCGAGGCCUUCUACCGGUUGCCGUGCAGCGGCCGCGUGGCGUGGAUCUGUUCCAGCAUCUGCCUGGACGUCAUGAACACCAUGUGGAUGCACAAGAUCGCCCGCGGCUGCUAUCGGGUCAUGCUCUCGGGCCGACGGCCCAAAGCCGCGACGCAGGAGAACGGGAAGGCGGAGUGAGUUUGGAGAGAAGGGCAAAGCUGCCGUGCGGACGACCCAGAGCUGUGCUGUCCCUCCCCAGCACUCCGUCUGAUUCCUACCCGUUUGUUUCAGAGGCAACCCACUCCUAAGCGAAAGCCAAGUACAAUCAGUGGAGAGGUGUUUGAAACCGGACACCGUGACUCUUUUGGGAAAUUGUUUCGAGUUCACGGGAGAUGUUGAAGGAGAUGAGAUCCGCCUCUCCGAUAGAUAAAAGGGCCCUUAAGCGAUACUUGUUUUUCAUGACCAACGAUUUUUGUGUGUUUUUUGUCACAAACUAACAAUGUCUUGUAAUAUGACGGUUUUCCCAAAUACAUAAAUGAGAAAGCCAAUUGAUUCAGCGGACUUCCAAAAAUAAAUGUACUUCCUUUUUUAUAUUUAAUUUCAGUUGCCUAAAUCUUAGAGGUAUUUUACACAGAGGAGUCCUCUGUCCUCACCCUGAGCCUCUGUCCUCACCCUAAGCCUGCAGGCUGAAUAGAUUCAACCCAGCUAAACCCUCAUCUCCCUCCCUUCCGUUUACUCAAAAACGUCCGGAUCCGGAACUGAGAGAGUCUGGCCCAGGGUCUCACGUCUGUAACUGGUGAAAUCAGAUAUAAAAUUCCAGGGGAGAGGCUGCAUGAGUGGAGACAUCUAGCUUGUGUAGUUGGGAUGGAGGCAGGGACGGCCCGACCCAAUAAACAAACGAAACAUUUGUUUAGGGCCCCCAAAAAAACUUUCGAAAAAAAAAAAGAAUUGCCAAUCAAAAGGGCCCCAUACACAAUUUUUGUUUUGGCCCCCCAAAACCCUAGGGCCGGUCCUGGGUGGAGGUGUGAGGGUUCUGUUUGAAAGAAGGAUUCUAUUGUUCCUACUAUUUUACUAGCACAGAUUAUGAUUUUACUUUGUCCCCAACACUCAAGUGUUAAUAUGAUAGUAAUUUCAUGUUGUACAAUGUACAGUGACACAUUUGCUAUAAUGUGCAAAUACUGUUGAUGCUACAAUUGUUUUGUUUUUUUCGUCUAUUUUUGCGUUAUACCUGAAGUAUUUAUUGCGUGCUGGGCAUGAAAUUCAAUAUUAAUCUUGUUUACAACAAUUCUGUCAGCAGUUUCCAGUUAAAUAAUUGUUAUUUAUGGGAAGAAGUUAUGAUUUUUCUUUUUCACUCAAUGUGAAGGCAAUGCCUUUGAUCAGUUUUAAACUAAGAAGCACCUGCACCAUGUUGUAUUACUGUACUACUCUUCACACUCAUUCCUACAUAUUUAUUCUCUCAGAAGAUGUUUGGCACAUUAGCAGUGUUUGUGGUAUAACUUGAAUAGGCAUACAUUGACAGGGUUUCAUAAUUGUCAUACAUUAUAAUUACUUUAAUUGUCUGCCUUUUCUGUAGGCCUAAUCUAAGUAGCCUAGCUCACAUCAACACACAUUUUCUCUUAUUCUGUGAAUGGCAAUUUUAACGUUUGUGGCAAGAUACAGUGAACUGUUUAAGUUCAAAUGUUUUACUCUGCACACUUUUAAUUACUUGAACUCAGACUUUUAUUUUAUUGUGUGUUCAACAUAUCUUUUGGAUCGUAGACCUUGGCUAUGCCAAAUAUGUUUAGAGGAACUCAAAAUUGGUCCUUGAAUCUUUCAGCAAUCUGUUUGUGCUUAGCUGCCUUCUUAAAUCCAUUGAAUUGCACGCUGAUGUUGUUACGGCUUAUUCGAUGCAAUGUUAAAAAGUAAUUUGGGGCAUUUUUUUACAUGUCCGUGGUUAGUGGUUGUUUUACGUUUAUACAACACAACAGUUUUAAAGUGUACAAUAAUAGUAGGCCUAAUGAAAGGUUUGUGGAGGCACUGUGCUUGAACUGUCCUUUCAGUGGUAGUGUGAAUGAAAUCUACUGUAAAACAGUGUCGAAGAAUUCUCAAUCAAUUAAAAAAAUCUCAUCCCGUUUUUUCAA